GGAUUGCCAGAAGAAUUAAAAUCCAUCCAAUUUGUGCAAGAUAAUGAGGCUAAAUCUACACGAGGCGUCUUACGUGGACUACAUUAUCAGUUGCCACCUUUUGCACAGUCUAAGGAUGAAGUAGAUAUCUGUUCGGAAGGAGAUGUACAUCGAAUUAUUGAUGAAAAUAAACCAAACUAUGUCAUCAAUUGUGCUGCAUACACAGCAGUUGACAAGGCAGAGACAGAAGUAGAUCAA